AUGGAUAUUAUUCAAGCUUCUUUUCUAAAAGAUAUCUUGUUGUACACAGAGCUGUGUGUAAGUGUUGUAUCCUCUCUUUUCAACGCUUAUGUCACAUACCGGUCGGCAUUUUCCAGCUGUAUUCAUCCCAGUCUGCGGCUGAUUCUCGUAAGUCGUGUUCUUUUUUUUUGAUAAAACUCUUCGUAGAAAGGGGCUUUUGAGGUGAAGAGUACAGAAUCUCUUAUUUUAAAACACCAUUUCUCAUCGUGAGUCGCAACAUUCUGCCUCAUAAAGUGUAAAAAAAUUCAAAUAAUAGGGUAUGUUUACACAUGGCAAUAGAUUAAGCGAAAUGGGGGAGCCUGUCAGAAAAGUAUUUGCAAAAGAGAGUAAAUUUUUAGUGUACUAUUUUCGAAAAAUCUCAGCGCAUAGCACCAUCGAAAAAUCUUAAAUAUAUGUUCCUUUCUUCAAGUAUGGCAUUUUUAUUUCAUUUUUUUCUCAUUUUAUUUUUAUUUAGAGCACCACGAUGGGCAGCUUGGUAAUAAUAAGCCUUACACAUCCGUUCUCCAACCUCGUGCCAAGUGAAUAUUACAGUAUCGAAAAAGGUCAUUACAAAAAUGCCAUUAUUUUUUAUUCCGUAAUGCUUACAAGCCAUUACGCGUAUUUCGUUUUUACCAUCAAAUAUUUCUUGAUCACAUUGGAGAGACGGGCCGCGAUAGGUCACAUUCGGGCGUACGAGAUGUCAGGACCAUGGUUUGGGAGGAAGAUUCUUAAACGUUCGGUAUGUACAGGGGAUGGCAAAGAACGUUUUAUCUUACGGCUUCGGAAAAGAACUGACAAAAAAUCUAGAUAAUAGUAGUUACUGUGUAUAGACCAGCUAAUUUCAUGACUUUUAGGCUAUCUUCUGCUUGUUUGUUCUUCUACUAAACAUGGCUACCCGAUACUGGGUCUUCCGUAAUUCGUCUGUGGAUGUUAUAUUACGGACAGUCAUCGUGCCGGACAAAUGGAUUCCAGGCUAUCUCUUCGCCUACAUGGAGGCCUUUGUUGGUAUGAUCUUUGCAGUCGUUGUAAGUUACGCUCGAAAUUCGAUUGCUUUAGCUCAUGCGGGACAUUGAGAAAAAACUGCAAGUAAAAUGUUUUUGCACGCCGCUGAGCCGGAAAUACGAGAUGCGUCAAACCGUGGCAAUAAUGAACUACCUCAACCGGAUCCUCCAAGCGUUUGCUGCUCUUCUGGUGGCGAUCUUUCCAAUGUUUUCAGUCUUAACCUACCUCUACUUCAAAUUAAAUCAUUCAAGUGAGAGUUUGGUGAUCAUCAUCCUGUUUACGGUAUGGCUGUAAGGUUGAAAAGUUUGUAGUUUUAGACUAUUCACAUAACCGUCCAAUUUUACAACAUUAUCACAGCGUAUUACAUGUACGCGGAGUUUCCACAAGUUCGGCAGUUGAUUGCCAAAGAUAUCUGCUUCAAACAACGUGCAGCAGUUUUGCCGUCCAUUUCUGGCACAGUUGAAGACGUCGAGAUUCACUUUGGGAGCUUGUACAAGAUGUGGAAAUAA